AAAGAAAAAUAAAAUAAAAUAAAUAAAUAAACUGACCGAUCUGACCUCUGUCCGUACGUUUCACCACCUGCACACUGCAAUGGAACCGCAGGAUAUACUCUACGAAACCCUAACCCCCCUCGACGGCGCCGCCCCCGACACUCCACCUCCGCCACCGGCGUCUUCAUCCUCCGAAUUCGAGCCCUACGUUGUCCUACGAAACAAGGUCUCCCUCUCCGCACCCCAAUGCCCGUCGCCGGAAUCCGCCGCGCCCGAUUACUUCUCCCUCGACGUGAACGAGGAGGCGGAAGACAGAGAUACUUCCGUUCCAGCUACUCCUCUUCGAACGCCUUCCACUCCGGCGGCGGAGAAGAGUCUAGAAGGCAAUUGGUUUCGAGCCAAUUCCCGCUUCAAAAGCCCCAUGCUCCGGCUCCACAAAGAAAUACUUGAUUUCUGCGAGUUUCUAUCGCCAACUCCAGCGGAGCAAGAAUCCAGAAAUGCGGCUAUAGAGGCUGUGUUUGGCGUAAUUAAGUAUAUCUGGCCUAGUGCUGAGACGGAAGUUUUUGGAUCGUUUAGGACAGGGCUUUACCUUCCAUCUAGCGAUAUCGAUGUUGUGAUAUUGGAUUCAAAUGUAAGAAGUCCUCAGAUAGGUCUAACUGCUCUCUCUAGGGCACUAUCUCAAAGAGGAAUCGCAAAGAAGAUACAGGUUAUUGCAAAGGCCCGGGUACCAAUCAUUAAAUUUGUGGAAAAGAAAAGCGGGUUUGCAUUUGAUGUAAGUUUUGAUGUUCACAAUGGACCAAAAGCUGCUGAGUUUAUAAAGGAUGCUGUAUUUCGAUGGCCUCCUCUAAGGCCAUUGUGUCUAAUUUUGAAGAUCUUCCUACAGCAAAGAGAGUUGAAUGAGGUGUACACAGGUGGAAUCGGCUCCUAUGCACUCCUUUCUAUGCUGAUAGCACUGCUCCGGGCUCAGGAAGACCGUCAAGCUUCUGCUGAGCAUAACCUAGGAGUGUUACUGGUGAACUUUUUCGACAUGUAUGGGUGCAAACUGAAUACAUCUGAUGUCGGCGUAUCUUGUAAUGGUGGAGGCAUCUUCUUCUCAAAGAGUAGUAAAGGGUUUGCAGUUGAAGGCCGGCCGUCUCUUCUUGCCAUCGAGGACCCACAGGCUCCAGAUAACGACAUAGGAAAAAACUCCUUCAACUAUUACCAGGCUAGAUCUGCUUUUGCAAUGGCUUUCACAAUAUUAACGAAUGCAAAGACGAUAAUGAGCCUCGGUCCAAACAGGAGUAUUCUCGGUGCUAUAAUCAGGCCCGACUCAGUACUGUUGGAGCGAAAAGGAGGGACGAACGGCAAUAUGACACUGGAUAACUUAUUCCCGUCUACUGCAGAGCCAAUGCAGCAGCUACUAGACGGAGAUCAACAGGAGAUUUACUGUAAUUGGCCGUUAAACAACGAGGAAGAUGAAGAAGAACUGCUCCCACGUGGCAACGGCGGAGAUGUGAAAUCCUCGUCGGGGAAGAAAAGGAAGAAGGCUGCGGCUGCUUCAAAGGAGAACAACACAACCCCGGUGAAGAAAGUUAAAGCACGUGAAAACGGUUCGGCGGUGAAGGAGGGCAGUUCGAAGAAGAGGCGCAGCAAGAAACACCGCCACAGUGGCGGCGGUGAUGAGAGCAGAUACAGUCGGUGGAAUCGCUCUGGUUGAUUUUUGGAAGUUUUGAGUCUAGAUUAAAUCUUUCAUGUUGGAUGAUUAGGAAUAUGUUGUACCAUCACAAUUAUGUGUAAGUUAUUAAGAUAAGUUAAGAAAACUGAAAAUUUUGUGAAAGAAAAGCAAGUUCCUUGGUGUUCAAGACCACCUAUAGUUUUUCUUUUUUCUUUUUUUUUUUGGUUGAAAUAUACUUUCUAUGUAUUUUGGGUUUAUAAUGAGAAGUAAAUUCA